AUGGUUUCCCGAAAGGAGGUUUACGUUUUUCUGAUAUUAAGCCUUUUACUACCACACCAAAUAUGGGCUUCCUUGGAAAACAACGACAGGGAAACGCAAUAUGACCUUGACUUCCGGUGGAGCGCGUGGAAUGAGUUCUCGCCAUGUUCUCGUUCAUGUGGUGUUGGAGUGAAACAUCGCUAUCGGACUUGCUACAGAUUCGGGCGACAUCCGACUCCAGUGCAAAGCGAGUUGUGCCGCGGGGCAGACGAACAGCACCAUACUUGUAACGUCAAGAAUUGCUUGGAAGGAUCACUGGACUUCAGAGGUCUCCAAUGCGCUUUCUUUAAUGGACUGAGUCACAAUAACCGUAAGCACUCGUGGAAGCCGUUCAUAACAGGUCGCUUGUCUCCGGCAUCACAACGACGACUUCACCCCUGUUCACUCGUCUGUUCAGCUCUAGAUGUGGUCGGACUGAUCGUCAAGUUUACGUCACAGGUUAUUGAUGGGACGAGCUGUUCCCUUGACAACACCCCUAAAGUGUGUGUCAAAGGUCAAUGUGAGACACUUGGAUGUGACCACCAACUUGGUUCCAGCGCCACCUACGAUAGAUGUGGGGUUUGUAAUGGUGACGGCAGUUCCUGUGAUGUCAUUUCCGGUUCCAUCUCUCAGGGGCUUUAUUCAGGUUAUAGGACUUUGCUGGAGAUAGAAGCUGGUUCCCGGAACAUUCACAUACGACAGACAUCAGGUCCAGAAACUACCGUCGCUUUGAAAUCCUCCGACGGAAUCUUCUUUCUAAAUGACGUCAACAGACGCGAGCGGCUAGUCGGGACAAAGGUCAUUGCUGGCACUCUGAUGUAUUACCAACAAAGUCAAAAUGGCGGCCCUUCAUCGGUCCGAGGCGAGGGACCCAUCACCGAACAACUGGACAUCCUCGGGUUUACAUUAAACCAGUACAGUGACAUCAAUAUGGAAUAUGAAUUCAACCGUGCCACUGUAACUGUUGAUCGUGACGUCAUCGACUCUACGCCACAAGAAGAAAGUUACGACUGGCGAAAACUUCUACAUCAGAGCGUGACUUCAAUCAACGGAUUGUCUGCUCCGAGUCGUUCAGUACAUGAUCAUGUCACGAGCUGGAGCUUGAGUGAAACAGAAACGAGGCUGGAAGUCAAAGAAGAAUCAGAAAACUCAGCUGAUAAAAAUCAACUUCCUGUUUCAAAACAGACCACUACACCAAUUGUUACAACGCUAGAUGCUCUUGACAAACACUCUCCACGUAUCAAAAUCAAAACCCGCCAUUCACGUCAACGAAAACUUAAACUUAAAAAGAUGGAUGUUCCGAAGUACAUCCCUGAAAGUACCGGAAGUGAGGACGUUUCCAAGAGGCUAAGUACCGACGACAUCGCCGAAAACCAAAGAUACAGGAUAGAUGGAGGACGCACGUCGGACCACCUUGCGGCUCGGAACCUCGGAAUUGGUAUAAAUGUACGAAGUGGCGUGAGACAGGUGGACAACACAGAGGUGGAUAAUGAUGAAUUCCUUCCAACAACAGACAGAACCGGUUACAGAUGGCGGACGAAUAUCAUCACACCAUGUAGUUCUACGUGCGCAUUUGGAACACAGAUCAAUUUAUUUAGAUGUGAGAGGGAAGACGGUAUCCAUGUCAAUGAAAGUUUUUGCGACGCCAGCUUGCGUCCAAGUCCAACUUAUCAUAAAUGCGGUAAAAAACGCUGCCAACCAAGGUGGGUAACCGGACCGUGGGCACCCUGUUCCAGGACAUGUGGUGGCGGAGAAUCGGUUAGAUCCGUGCGGUGCUGGCAAAUGUUGGCCCCCGGGUUUGACAGCACUGUACAUGCUUAUUUGUGUGACUUGAGGGCGGAACCAGUGUCAUCACGUAGAUGUGGCGAAAUCCCUUGUGGUCCCCAGUGGGAAGUUUCGCAAUGGCAAGAGUGUAGUGCAAAGUGUGGAAAUGGCUUCCAGACGCGACACGUCAAAUGCAGUAGCGGAAGUGAUGCUUACUGCUCAACUCGGUCAAGGCCAUCGAUGAAGCGCUCGUGUAAUUUGGUACCGUGUACAAACCAGUGGUACACGGUCAGUUGGUCUCCAUGUUCGGGCCAGUGUGGCAGGGGGACACGUCAGCGACACGUGGGAUGUAGAGAUUCACAGGGGCGCCUCCUUGCAGAGACCUACUGCGAUCCCAACACUAAGCCUUUGUCCACUAUUGCCUGUGGUGAAUCUCUCUAUUGUCCACCUACGUGGGUGGCCCAACCGUGGGGCACGUGCGAUCUUGAGUGUGGGACGGGACAGGUAUCUCGGGAAGUCACAUGUGGUUCUGUCGUAGGAGGCAAAUUUCGCCUCCAGUCCGACGUCAAUUGUAAACGUUCCCCGCGACCCAAAUCGACUACGACUUGUCUCGUUGAAGAAUGCCGGGCCAUGUGGUUCACCACCAGCUGGUCAGAGUGUUCAGAAACUUGUGGCGAUAACGCUGUGAAAACUAGAGAUGUGCGGUGUUACCACGGCAACCAGACAUCAGACAGAUGUAAUGAUAACGAAAAACCACAGAAUACUGAAAGGUGUAAUCUGCGACCUUGUCCCGAACAAGAAGACGAUAGCUGCCAUGGUGACCGAAUAGAAAAUUGUCAUUUGUUGGUAUCGGAUUUGUGUCGACAGACAUAUUAUUCAUCACAGUGUUGCGCCACUUGUCAAAGGAAAACGAUACACAGGGAUAAAGAACCAUAACUCUUGUCUCCAAAACAUCUAGGGAAAUGGACACAGCUGAAAGUGGUAUGCGGGAUAAUGAGAAAUUCAUUGAACAUGUUAUGCACCUCUUUAGAAAAAUACGUUUUAUCACGCUACAGAGACAGUUAGUGGAAUGAGUUUGGUAAGACCUGCAAAAGCUAGACAGCAAACUGCAGGCCAUCUUUCUUCUACUCUGUAGUAGUUAAUGAAAUGUGUUGUUCUGUGAUACACCACAACUCUUCAACAUACAGCAGUUUCCUUCUACACAUGUAAUUCUGGACUUAAACAAAUGCCUCACUAAUGUCUUAAUUUCUGACUAUUUUAAUCUAUAUGUCUUAAUAAAAACGAUAUAAAUAUGCAGGUCAAAAUACUAGAGUUAUUAUUUAACACAUAUGAGAUGGCGCACUGUAGAAUAAUUUACAUACAUUAGCAUUAGAACUUCUCCACGUGGUUAUACAUUUUGAUGGCCGUAUUUUGUAUGUUUUUCCGUGUUGUGUACAUUCCAGAAAGCAAUUAUUUGCGACGAUUGAACUCUUUAACGGUAUUUUUUCUCUGAACGAGACAACGAGGUGUCACUCCCUGGUUAAUAGGAAGUCGCGACUACGCCAUUUGUCC